GUCCCAACUUUUUUUUUUUCUUACAAAGAUACCCCCGCGGAGGGAAUUUAAACUGUUUUUUAAUAUAUUUUCGCUCUCUCUCUCUUUUUCCUAUUAAAUUCAAGAUGGGUGACAAACGUCCCCAUUCCGAACCAUUGCUUCAGUCGAACAAACGUCUGAAGCGAUUGACCAUGCCAAAGCGAGUUAAAAAAGGAGACGACACGAUUGGAGAAAAACUAGAGACCAUUCGAAAGACGGUGACCACAGUGAAUGAACAAGAAUACGAAUGUAAUUUAUGCGGCGAAGUGCUGAAAGAACCUUAUCCUCGUCCACUGAAACGAUUAAUUGAUACCGUGAAAAAGAACGAACGUGAAUACCGCAAAGAACAAGAGGAGGAGUACAAAGUGCUUAAAGCACAAUGCGAGGCAGAAGGUCGACUCGUACCUCCGUUUACUUUUUUAAAGGGCGGGAUAUCCAAGAACGAUCAAUCGUUUAUUUGUCGUAUGCACAAGGUAGAAUUGGUGUAUAAACCCAUGGCGAUUGAAAAGGGAUACCCGACACACAUUGAGUUUGAGGAGAUUGGAGCACGCGUGAAAUUGUUCGAGUCGGAAUUAAAGGAUAUUGUGGAAGGCAGGUUGGAGAGUUCGUUUCUGGAGACGGUGAUGCGUGUGCACCAAGAGCUGGGGUCUGUCAAGGCACGUCAGACGAAACAAUUAAUGACUCGUUUUGAAGAGACGCUGCCGGGUUACUAUGGUAACAGAGGGUCGCACUAUAUUUUGGAAGCAUUAGACAAGAUGUUUGUCAAGACGGAUUAUUUAGAUAAGCAAAAGACAAGUCCGUUGACACCUGUGGAAUAUAUGCAGCAAGUGAUGGUACCUGAAUGUGGUAUACGAUUAAUCAAGCAGGACUUAAAUUUAGAGAAUUUACAAGAGGCGAGUAAAGUGAUGAAAGAGAGUAGCGAAUACGGAAGCACUGUUUAUAACAAGCUGAAAAAGAAGUAAAUAAAAAAAAAAAAAAAAACCAAAAAAAAAAAAAAAAAAAA